AUGACAUUUCAAGGUGAGAUGCUCUUGGUUAUUCUUCACAAGAGUUUAACUGGGUAUGGGAGCAAAGAAGGAGGAACCAAAUACUUCUUAGGUUGUUCAUAUGCUUUGAUGGUGCGCAACAUGGAUAAAUUUCUCAAAAGAAAAUCAGCAAUAAACCAAUCAUCCUCAUCAGCCCAAGAAAAUAAAGCCAAUGGUAAAGAAAAUGAUCCAUUAAAGGAAAGUCGUGUAGAACUAGAAGCCAUUUUGAAAGAUCUUAUGUCUAAUCCAUCUUUACGACCUAAAAUCAAUCAUUAUCAUCCUAAUUAUAGGGAUAGUGUUGUUUUGAAAAAUUCACCUGGGAAUCUUAAAUUGAUAGCACCAGUGAUUCAAAAAGAUAUUGUGGAUGCUACAGCAAAUAAAACCACAAAGGCUAUCAUUAGUGAUCUUGGAGAUGACAUCCUUUCAGUUUUGAUUAAUAGGUCUCGUGAUGUAUCAAUUAAAGAACAAAUGGCUAUUGCCAUACGUUAUGUACAUAGAAAAGGUCAUGUGCUUGAGCGGUUUCUUGGCAUUGUACAUGUUAGUGACACGACUAUAGUAUCACUUAAGAUGGCUCUUGAGUCAUUAUUUUCUAAGCAUGGAUUGAGUUUUUCAAGAUUACAUGGACAAGGUUAUGAUGAGGCAAGUUCAUGUAAGCGUCGAGACAUGCUUCAGGAGAGCCAAGUUAGUAAACUUGUUGAAGAAGUACUAGAAAUUGGUGAAGUUAGCAAGGGACGAGGUCCAAGUAGAACCAAUGACAAGACUGUCAUUGAAGACGUGAAGAUUGAUAAUAAGAGAACUAGGGUUAGGAAAAAGAAGAAGAAGAUUGAAAUGAUGGAAAUUGGAGACCAAUCUUUCUGUCAAGACAUUGAGAAUGGUGAAGAGGCAGUUAAAGCUUCAGAUAUAUCAGAUAAUAUUGUCCUGCGAAAGCUUCUCAGCGGGGCAAGGUAUUUCGAUCCUCCAGAUAGUGGUUGGCAAACUUGCUAUAUUGUGGGUGAAGGGGCAUAUGGCUGGAACUUUUCAUUAGCUAAGCGUAAGAAACCGUGCUUUAUUUGUGGGAGGGACACUGGUGUCAAGCAAUGCUCCAAGGCGCAAGAUUGCUUUAUUUGCAAAAAAGUUGGUCACCGUGCAAAAGAUGUCCAGAAAUACAAGAGUGGCUCUCAGAAUGCUAAAGUAUGUUUGAAAUGUGAGAUUAUGGGCAUACAGGUUUCAUGCAGGAACAAUUAUUCACUUGAUGACCUCAAGGAAAUCAAAUGUUACAUUUGCAAGAGUUAUGGCCCUUGUGCUGUGUUUAACAACACUGAUAAUCGUUCAAGAGAAUUUUCUUGUUUCAAAUGCGGUCACUCUGGUCACACUGGAUUGGCAUGCAACAGGUUACGAGGUGAAACCACAGAUACUGCGUCACCUAGUUCAUGCUUCAAGUGUGGUGGAGAAGGACAUUUUGCACGUGAAUGUGUGAGUUCCGCAAAGAUUCGUAGGAAGAAUUUUGAUUCAUCAACUCCAACACUUAGACCUCAUAGAGAAAAUAAAGACUACUCAGGAUACAAAUCUGCCCCUAAUGAUCAUGGUAAGGGUCAUAAAAAGAGAAAGACCCAAAAUGAAGAUAGAGGCUUUACAACUCCACAAAAAUCAAAACACAGAGGCGGUUGGAUAACAGAGGAUCCGGGAGAACGCUCCUCCUAUAGUGAGACCAAAAGGAGUCAUUGGAAAUCUCCUGCCACACCUACUAGUAAGGGUCAUAAAAUUUCUGCUGUCACUGCGGGUGGUCAUAUUUCCAGUUCUCAGUCAUUUAAAAAUAAAUCGGUUCAUCAUCAUAGAUUUGCUGCGUCGAGGUUUGACAACUCUGGCAACAAUGGGUUUAGGAAUUAUGAUUGGUGGUAGAAGCCUACACCAUAAUUUAUCAAUUCAAUAGUUAGAGGUCCUUUUAUGGGGACACAGAGUGAAAGGUUAUUGCCUCUUGUGUUCCCCUUGUGGAUCAUUGCACCCCAUGUAAGGAUUUCUUCAACAGUUCUGAAUGAAGCUGUGUUUUUUUAUUUCUUUUUA